AUGUCCAUGUCAAUGGGUGACAUGCCUGCGGGCUCAAUGUCCAUGGGUGAUGGCAUUCCCAGUCUGUUCACCCUGCAAAAGAUGUACUGGGCGGUCGUGGGAAGUGUAGUCGGUGCAGCGACACUCGUUAAUGUGGUGGAUCGCGUUCUUGCUCGGCAUCGCUUGCGAGAUUCUUCACUCACGCCUGCCAAACCAAAAUCACUGUUCUUCAAUAUCUACGCCACCAUCACAGCAACAGCCCGCGAAGUCAGCUAUGCCACCCCACGACCGCUCAGACUCGGAGGGUUGACCCUCCAUUUCCCGCCACUUGGCCCUGUUCUGAUCAUGCUAGCCAACCUGGUGGUAGUCAUGAUCCUUUGUUUCUACAAGCUGGACACACUUGACCCAUGGAAAUGGGAGAAUGUCGGCUACCGCACUGGUUUCAUUGCAAUCUGCCAGCUGCCACUGAUAUUUUUGCUGUCAGGCAGGCAGAACAUUAUCGGGUUCUUGGCAGGAAUGAGCUACGUCAGACUGAACUGGUACCAUCGCUGGGUCACCCGGACACUGUGGCUGACUACUACCAUCCAUAUGGGAUUCUGGUUCCGCAAUUGGGCUCGCUGGAAUUAUAUCACGUACCAGCUCUACAACGAUCCGUUAGCAAAGCGUGGGUUUGCAGCGUGGGUUAUCCUGACCUUUAUUGUGGUCUCUUCCUUUGCGCCAAUUCGUCGGCUCAGUUAUGAGUUCUUCGUCAUUCAGCAUCUUGUCACUUUUGUCGGCUUUAUUGUUGCGGUAUGGCUGCAUGCGCCAGAGGAAGUCAAGAUCUGGGUGUGGAUCCCGAUUGGGCUUGUGGUCUUCGAUAGGGUUGCUCGCUACACCUGGGGUGCGUAUGCCAACUUGGCCAUUUUCCACCGAAAGACCAAGGCCAACGCUCUCUGGGCACACUCGGCUACGUUCACUCCACUACCAGGAAAUGUCACCUGUGUUACUAUCGAAAACCCCGGUAUCGGGUGGCAACCCGGUCAGCAUGUCUUCCUCACUUGCCACUCCGUCGUUCCAUUGCAAUGUCACCCAUUCACUAUCGCAUCAAUCCCAGAAGAUAGCAAGAUGAAGUUUUUCAUCCGCGCCGAGAACGGGGGAACAAGAAGUUUUUUCCGCUAUGCCUCAAAGAGCGAUAAUCUAUUGGGGGAUGGACAUGUGACGAGCAUGUCCUCUGCGACCGUUUUCAUCGAAGGGCCAUAUGGAAGCAUCCGGCCGUUGCGUCAAUUUGAUAGUGCUAUACUGCUGGCGGGUGGCAUGGGUGCGACAUUCACGAUACCUCUUCUGCGGGACGUUGUCUCAGCAUGGAAGAUGGAGAGCAACGGCAGCAAGGAUCAGAUACCCACUCGUCUCGCUCGUCUAACAGCCACCAAGCGGUUGCGUUUUGUCUGGGUAAUCAAAUCACGUUCUCAGCUGACUUAUUUUGACGCCGAACUGCAAUCUCUGUUGGCAGACGUGAAUGAGUGUCGACGUACCCAUUUAAGUUUCGAGAGGGAGAUUGAAAUUAGUAUUUAUAUCACAUGUGAUGAAAAGCUAGAUCCGCCUGGCUCUGUCACACUACCAUUGCAGACAGACUCUCUCUCCGCGAUUCAGACUUUUACACAAGGUGAGACCAAGAAUACCUUCGAGAAAGACAAUAUCUCGAUUCACUCUGUCUCUGCCGAGUCAGCAUUGACUCCAGGCCCCGUGGUCACGGGUAGAGGGUGUCUCCCUGGUGGAGGCUGCUGUUGCACUGCCCAAGUUGAAGACGAGGAGAUUAGUACCGCCGGUGCCUGUACCUGCUCCGGCCCGGCACGUGUUCAAUAUGAGAAGGCUGCUCUGGAUGCGAAGGCCCUUCAGUCUGAAAAAUUCACAAGCAGAACAAUCAUUUAUCCCAAUAUUGUCUCUGGUCGUCCCAAGCCACGAACUAUCAUCCGCAAGGUCCUGGAGAAGGCCGAAGGUGAAAGUGCCGUGGUUGUGUGUGGACCUCGUGGCCUAGCAGAUGAUGUCCGCCGUAGCGUGGUCUCUCUGAGUGAUGAACGAGCUGUGCACAAAGGAACUGGCGCGCAGGGGAUCUAUCUACAUGUUGAGAACUUUGGUUUAUGA